AUGUCAUAUUUCUAUCAUAUACGGCCGUUUACGGAUCGUAUUCUUCGACCGGGGUUUCUUCAUCAAUUUCAAUCAAUUAUUGAAUUUGUUGUUCAUCAUUUUAUUUCAUCCAUUAUUCAAAACGAAUCACUUUUACUUGAAGCAAAUCGUUUAGGUUUUUCUGAUAAACAAAUUAGUAUAUAUUGUGAUAGUACAGAAGAUGAAAUUCGUGCAUCACAUCAACAAUUUGUUAUUCGACCAUUUAUUAAACAAAUUGAUACAAUUUCUGAAAACAUGUCAUCAAGUGAUGAAGAUUUUCGUUUUAUUGGAACAUUAGAUUUAAUGAAUGACUUACAAGAAAAAUUGUUUAUGUUGGAUGAUGAUGGUGAACAUCGAAUUGUUCAAGCUGUUUUAAUAUUAUCAGAAGAUACAAAUGAUGAAUCCUCAAUUACCGUUUACACAACAAUACCUACGUUUAACUGGAUAUCAUCAUUAGGCUUAUUAGAAUCAUAUUCUACUACAAUACCAACUGAUAACAAUCAUCAAGAUCCACUUCUUAAUUUUAACAAUGAUGACGAUAGUGGUACAUAUAAAACACAUUUACGUCAAUUACAAUCGUUUCUAAAGUUAAACCUUAAACAAAAAGAAGAAGACAAGGGUAAUAAUGAAUUUUGA